ACAGGGCUUGGAGCAGCCUGGGAUAGUGAAAGGUGUCCCUGCCCAUGGCAGGGAGCGGAACUGAGUGGUUUUAAGGUCCCUUCCAAACAAACCAGUCUGGGAUUCUGUUUGGAAGUUUAAGUAUGAUGCAAAUGCUCACGGGAAAGUCUGGGAUAAUCAAAUACAGAAGCAGCUGAACUAUCUUUCAGUAUUCAAAUAGUAUGCUUUGCUCAGGCUAUUAUGCAAACUUUUCCUCUUCUGAGAUUAAAAUGCAAAGUACUAUUAAACACACCCUCUGGAGAACAGGGUUUAUUGCUAUAAAGUGGGGGGAGGGGGUUAACAGAUCCCUUCUCUCUUCUCCUGAACAUACAAGCCCAGGUACUUGGAGCACUAGUGCCUGUGGCCUGUUCAAACUGAAAAGGCUCAUUUAUUGUGCCAGUGAUUGCAAAACAGUUUCCACUAUCGGUGUGUGGUUCUUUCUUUGGUGUUUUUUUUUUCUUUUUCUCCUCCUUUCUUUUAAAACCUUGAGCUUUGACUCAACCAAACUUACCUGUGGUUGAACAAGGCAAGCCUUGUUACUCUAAAGCUGUUUGAAUUAAGUUUUACUGUGGCAGAUUUCUUUGGAUUGUAGAGGGAGAGUAACUGAAGUGUUGCUGGGCUUGGCGUAUUCUGUGGAAGUGCUGGCAGUCUCUUGCUGAAAAGGGAAGUUUUCCAGCGGCCGUGGAAAUCAUCUCAUUUCUUUUCUCCUAGCACAAACUUUGCUUUGAAGGAUGAAAGGGUAUUGAUGAUUCCAGCUGUAUCUUAAGGUUGGCUCAUUGAGAAGACCUCUCCCGAGUUCCUGCAGCGUGCAUGGAUUCAUAAUUCCCGUGUAGUUUUGCUCAAAGAACAGGUCAAUAUCUGACUUGUCUCCAGGUAUUGAUCCUGAGGAGUUGAGUGAGGCACGGUGUUGGCUCACAGCAGAAGCCUGAGCAGUGUCUUUAUAAUUUCUGAGGAGGGACUGAAGGGGUGUCAGAUGAGCCGUGUCAGUAGAACAGCUCUGUCCCUCACUGGUGUCCUCAGAGGGACACCACGUCACUGCCAGCUCCCUCUGCUCCUGCUGCUGGCAGUUCUGUGUCUCCCCAGGCCUAGGAAAACCUCCUGCUUUAAGCUGCAGCCACACAUGGCUGCUUCUCUUCUGUGCCCACAGCCCAGGACCGUGUUUUGUCUUGAUCCAGCGCUGGCUUCUGCCUUCUCCAGACUCGCGGUGACUUCAGCUCCUAAUCCUUUAAGCCACUCUGUCCUGGAUCUCAUUAGAAGCCCAGCACUCUCCAGGGGAUGGAGUAGCAUUGCAAAUGGGUCAUUUCUCUGAAACAGUGCAAGACACUUGUGUAAAUAAAUAAGCACACUGUUUAAACCAACCCUUUGGGGGCUUCUGAUGACAUUUAUUUACAGGCUGGCUGCUGGAAACACUUCUUGCCCUACAUUAGCCCCUUGCAUGCAUUUCUGGUAAGCAGAGCCUUAUUUUGGGGAGCAGGCUGCCCUGUGUUUCCAUGUGAAGCAGCCCCAAGAGCUGCUCUGGAAGCACAAAGUGUAAAAGGCACCUACAGACAAAGGCAGGUAUUGGUCAGUGACCCGAUGUGGAUAUUCAGGAGCUGUCAUGCACACACUGAGGGGCCACAGGCUGCUUCCAACAGGGCAGGAGCUGUUCCUUGGGAGUGAGGACUGACUCUUAACCAAGCACAGCAAUAUAAAGCAGCUGUGUAAUGCUGGGUAGGAUUUCCAUGCAGUAAAAAGUUCAGCUGGUCCCCUAAGUGGGGGUGGGACAUGGAGGAAAAGGAAGGGUGGAAACCUGGAUAUUCUUGUGUUACCUGUGUUUUAAGAAAAGACUGCUGCAUUUAGAGGAGAUGAGGGAACAAGAGGAAUAACUAGUGGGUGUAUGUCAGUGGGACAGUUAGCAUUUCCAUCAAGUGAGUGCCAGUUGGCUCUGGAAUUAAUCAAAUACAGCCCGUUCCCUCCCUUCCCACUCCUCCCCUUGGCUUUUGCUGUUUGCUUCUGUGACUUGUCUGUGCUUCUCUGGGCUCAAAGAGAUAACCUGGAGUCCCCUGGGAAUCCCAGCCCCACUGAAUUAACCUUUCUUACCUUUCCCUAUCCCCAGCUUGAAUUUCCUUGUGCUCUGUGUCAGGCUUUCCUCAGAGAUUUUCAAAUCUCUUCAAAUAUUGUUUUCUAAUUGUUGGGGGUUUUUUUAAUUAAAAAAAAAAACAGUAAAUGAAAAACAUGAUGAGGCAUUUAUGUUUGAUUCCCUGCUAAUCUCUGUCCCCAGUCAGGGUACUUGGAGUAAGAAGCUGGAAAUACACAGUACCUAGGCUGGAAGACUCGGGGUGCUCAUUGAAUUCUUGGGAAAGGCAGUGUACACAGAGAUGGCUGGACAUACUCCUGCAGGAAAGCACCAUGAAAAAAAAAGCUCAGUUCCAUGCAAAAGACCAUCAGAAUUCCCCAUUCUCCAAUAUUUUCUUGCUGGGAUAUACACUAGAUCCUGUGUAUAUGGAUAUAGAAAAUAGUUUACCUUAAACUAACACAUCUGUGCAUACCCCAGUCUUGGCACGUUUCUUUAAAUCCCCUUUACAUACCCUUGGACAAGCACUUGGCUUUCCUCCCCCAUCCCCAGAGUACUCCAAGCCAGUUUUUGUGUUUGUGGGAACUGUGCUUCCCUUCUCUGAAAUGGGGAGACUUUUAUCACACUCUCCUAAAAAAGCAGAGCAGUGCAGACGAGCAGCCUCUUCCUCUCCCCCGUUUACAGCCACUCAGGCCUGAUUACAAAACACGUAAAUAGACAUUUAGACGAGCAGAUAAAAAUGGUGCUGUUUGCCAGCUUUCAGCCCAGCUUCCCAAGGCUGGACAACGUGUGUGUACACAUGAGCACACCCCAUCAGCCAGCAGGAUUUCUCCUUCCUGGGAGGGAUCACCAGAUGGAAGGGGAUGGACUGUCAGCUGUGCUCAGAGCAAUCAAGAGCCACUCUGGGCUGGCUGCUGGAUUGUUUCCAAAAUGCUUUGGCAGUUUGACUCAUCCAUAUACCAUGGCUGGGGAUAAAAAAAAAAAAAAAAAGGAAUCACAGAGAAUGUCACUGGGUUUGGAGCUGUGCCAAACAUCCAUGAGCACAGGGCUGCAGCAGGAUGCAGGCACAGCUCUUUUCCAUUUGUUUCCUCAUUUAUGCAUUGAGGUAUGAAAGAACUUAAACAAAACAUCUUAUGGUCAAUGUAGUUUAAGAAAUGCAUCUUCUGCACUCUUUGGGGAAGGGACUGUGUGUUUGAAGCCCAGAAGUUCCUGCUGUUUGUUGCCCAGAAAACAUUUCUUCCUAUUAAAAGCCUCUGCUGCAACCCAGUAGCUCCACUUAUCCUCUCUCACACUCUUCACACCUUCAGUAGCAUUCCAUUAUUCGUUUUUUAUCUCCAGGCUCUAAAUGAUACUCAGCAUGCCUCAUACACCAAAAAAAAAAAAAAAAAAAAAAAAAAAACAACAAAAAAACAAAAAAAAACCACCAUAAAACCCCAAAAUUCCAAGGAAAAGGCAGGCACAGACCUGCUGGUGGAAACACAGUACCUGCCCCUGGUCCUUUAUAUCCACCUCAGAGAGCUGCUUAGGCUCACUCAGGAUCCCACCUGGGGUUCUAACUGAAUAAUCCUGCUCUGCCAGUCACCUCUGGGUUUUUGGGGAUGGACUUGGACCCAAAGAGUUACUUGAGGAACCCCCAGGCUCCUAAAUAAAUAUUGUCCUUAAAUAUUGCUCCUAAAUAUCGUUCUGAGUAACACCCUGAUGUCCUUACCUCCAGGUUUUCUUCAGUUUACACAAAACCAGGAAGAGAUUCUGUGUUUAAUUUACACAAAAUCAGGGUCACACUAUUUAAGUUUACAGGGUCAGAUCUGUAGCUGAGAUCAAGAUUUAGCAGCUUCAGAAGUUCUCCAAGGGAAGCCUCCAGGAGAGAAGCCUGCCAAAAUGUGCACUGAUGUACAUUGGAUUUUGGGGCUAACAGAUUCAGGAAGCUCAGUGUAGCUCUCUGAAGACUGAGCAAAACCAGGUUGGGAUUUCUGGAUAUUGUUUUAGUUCCAGGACAAGGAGAGUGGGAGAUAGCAAUGGCAGGAGUUGGGAACCCAGGCAGAAUUCAUUUUUUGCCUAAGAAAAAAAUUACACACUGUGACUUUCAAACCUUGCUCAAUGUUGCUGUGAUACAGAAGGAGGAAAAAAAAAAGUGCAUUUGAUUUAGGUUUGUUUUCCCCUUUCUGUAACUGUGGCAAUGACACUGCUGCCUGUUUGACUCACCACUAUUUCAAAGCAAUAUUGAAGUGACUAACAACUGAAAAAUGUGCGUGUCCUUCGCCUCCCAGCUCAGGGCUCACUUCUCUGGAAGGCCCCUGAUGGCCACACAUCCCUCUACAAGGGCCAGAGCACUCCUCUUAAUGAGCCAUAUUUCAGCAUGGUUUAAUUGGGUGCCCCGCUGAGGAGCAGCCCUGGAGCUUUCAGACGGUGUCAGGGGGUCACUGUUCAUCUGUGGACUGGUGAGGAUGGGCAGGGGGUGGCUCAGGUGGUCUCAGCACCAUGGUUUUAAGGACUUAUCACAGAGCACUCACUCAAGUCCUGGAUUUCGGACAGCAGAGUUUGUCGUAUCUUGGCUCCAGGUGUCAUGGAGGUACAGAUCAGUUUAAGAUCUGACAGAUUAAACAGCAAGGGCAGGUGGAAUAGAGUUCUUGUGGCCUGGCAGGGACUGUGAGGAGUCUGUUCAAGUGCUCCCUGCUUUCACGCUGGCACUUGAAGAGCAAAGAUAAAUCCAGCAAAAUCCAAGCGCCAGAGAUCUGUCACUCCCAAAACGCAGCCUGCUCAUGUAGAAGGGAAGGACCGUUCUGAUUUUGGGGUUCUGGGACAAAGAUUGAAGGAUUUCAGGUCUAAUCCCUUGUCCUUAAGUAACUGGUACCUUCAUGGCCCCGUGCCAGGCAGGGUGAGCACAGAAUCCUCUUAUCCCAGAGCUCUGCUGGCUGUGUGACUUCACCUGGAAAUGGCAGGGGGCUGUAAUUAGAUGUGGGGCUCACAUUUGCUCCUGCAGUUUCCUUGGGUGUUUGUCAGGGAAGGAAGCAGCAGUCCUGUAACUGAGACCCUUGGCAGGGGACAGCCCUGACAGCUCCUGCUCCGUGCUGGAAUGCUGGUCUGGCUCCCAGCAUCAGCUGGAAAAUACUGCAGGACUUGACCCUCGUGAAGGGAGAGUGGGAUCUUGGGUUAGCUGGACUGGCUGAACAAAACCCUCAGCCUGUUACCUCGAAUUCAGGGUGGAGCUGUUUGAAGAGCUUCACAGCUACUGCAGCAGACUGUAGAGGAGACAUCUCUGUGAAGGAAGAGCUGCAUCCUCUGGAGAAGCUGCUUUGGAUUUGUAUAAAAUCAAGGAUCGUGGAUUUUGUGUGUCUGGGGAGGAAAAGACAGCCAACAGCAAACUCUGCUAACCUUUUUGUUUUUAAGUCACACACAGUCCUGCUCAGCACAGCAGCCUAGGGAGGCAUGGAAUAAAAUCUCUCCCUAUGUCCCUUGGCAAGGGAAUGGAUUUUGAAUGGGACAUCAGAGCUCCCUUCUGACAGUCGGGACAAUUGGAUGAAUUUGGUGUGCACAGGCUGGUCCUUAAGCUUCUGAUAUUCACAUUUUGCACUGGGCUGGAGUCCUUUGUGCCCCAGCACAGCUAAAUGGGAACUUGACCUGAGCUCUUUUUAUGGCUCCUGGGCCAUUAGGAAUACAAAGGCCUUGACUGAUCCCAAGCAUGAGAAAGCACAAAACACAAAAGCUGGUUACUUAAUGGGAAAAUUGAGCUGAUUCCCCCUCAGACUGUAAUUCCAAGCCUUGUGUAAAUGCAGUGGAAAAGUGGGACUUGGUCUGUUGAAAUUAAGAGCCUUCCCUUCAAUCCUUGGUUCCCUGUGCAGGCUACAGGAGGGAGCAAUCCGGGAACAGCGGAACGCUCAGAUCUUGCCUGCAGGUUCUGCACACAGCAAACAGCUCCGUGGGUUAUGGGGGAUAAACUGGGAAACCCGGCAGGUGACUGCAGAAGCCCCAAGAUCAUAGGAAGAAAUGCACUUUUCCAUCCCGGAAUUCUGCCCUGGUGCAAGCACCUGCUUGGCAGCCCAAGUGUGCUUAAACUCCGGGACGCGUUGCUGUGGGGUAUCCCUGGGAAAGGUCAGCUCGUGGGGGGAUAGAAACAAACGAAUGCUGUGGAGUAACAGUUGUGAUGGUCUUUCAGACUAACAGGGAUGCCAAAGGAAAAAUAUGAUCCUCCAGAUCCUCGCAGAAUUUACACCAUCAUGUCAGCGGAAGAGGUGGCCAACGGGAAGAAGUCGCACUGGGCUGAAUUAGAGAUCUCGGGGAGAGUGCGGAGCUUAAGUACAUCGCUGUGGUCGCUGACACACCUGACUGCUCUGCACCUCAAUGACAACAACCUUACUCGCAUUCCACCUGAUAUUGCCAAGCUUCACAAUCUGGUUUACCUGGAUCUGUCAUCCAACAAACUCAGAAGUUUACCAGCAGAACUAGGAAACAUGGUGUCUCUCAGGGAAUUGCUUUUAAAUAACAAUCUGUUACGGGUUUUGCCUUAUGAACUUGGACGGCUCUUCCAGCUGCAAACCCUGGGUUUGAAAGGCAAUCCUUUAUCCCAAGAUAUUCUCAGCCUCUACCAGGAUCCAGACGGAACCCGAAAGCUACUGAACUACAUGCUUGACAAUCUAGCAGUUCACCCAGAGCAGCUGCCUCCAAGGCCAUGGAUUACUUUAAAAGAACGAGACCAAAUUCUGCCCUCAGCUUCAUUUACAGUUAUGUGUUACAAUGUGUUGUGCGAUAAAUACGCCACCCGGCAGCUCUAUGGCUACUGCCCAUCUUGGGCACUCAAUUGGGAGUACAGGAAAAAGGGAAUCAUGGAAGAAAUCGUCAACUGUGAUGCAGAUAUCAUUAGUCUUCAGGAAGUGGAAACGGAGCAAUACUUCACCCUUUUCCUGCCAGCCUUGAAAGAACGGGGAUACGACGGAUUCUUUUCUCCAAAGUCACGUGCCAAAAUCAUGUCCGAGCAGGAGAAAAAGCAUGUGGAUGGCUGCGCCAUAUUCUUCAAAACAGAAAAGUUCACGGUGGUGCAGAAGCACACGGUGGAGUUCAACCAGGUGGCCAUGGCCAACUCGGAGGGCUCGGAGGCCAUGUUGAACAGAGUGAUGACCAAGGACAACAUCGGAGUCGCCGUGGUGUUGGAGGUGCACAAGGAAUUAUUUGGAGCAAGUGAGUACAGCUGUGGUAUGAAAUCGCUUCACGUGGACAAGCAGCUGCUCAUCGUGGCCAAUGCCCACAUGCACUGGGACCCUGAAUACUCAGAUGUGAAACUCAUCCAGACCAUGAUGUUCGUCUCAGAGCUGAAAAACAUCCUGGAGAAAGCCUCAAGCAGGCCCAGUAGCCCAACAGCAGAUCCCAACUCUAUCCCUCUGGUGCUGUGUGCAGAUCUCAACUCACUGCCUGAUUCAGGUGUAGUGGAGUACCUGAGCAACGGCAUAGUAGCUGACAACCACAAGGACUUCAAGGAGCUGCGCUACAACGAGUGUCUGAUGAACUUCAGCGGCAACGGGAAGAACGGAGCCUCGGAGGGCAGGAUCACGCACGGCUUCCAGCUCAAGAGCGCCUACGAGAACAACCUGAUGCCUUACACCAAUUACACUUUUGACUUCAAAGGUGUGAUUGACUACAUUUUCUACUCCAACACUCACAUGAACGUGCUCGGGGUCCUGGGGCCAUUGGACCCUCAGUGGCUGGUGGACAACAACAUCACGGGCUGCCCGCACCCGCACAUCCCCUCGGACCACUUCUCGCUGCUGACGCAGCUGGAGCUGCAGCCGCCGCUGCUGCCCCUGGUGAACGGGGUGCACCUGCCCUCCCGCAGGUAGUGCUGCCCCACGCCUGCCCCACGGACCUGUACACUUGUAAAUCCCACUGUAUAGGAGUGAAGUAUGGCCAACCUUCAGCUGCUUCUCCGAGCUCCUUUCCUUAUGUGUUUGAUAUGAGAUUUUGCACAUUUUGGUGCAUAUCGGUAUCAUUUGGCACUAGGGCUGGAACCAAAGUAUUAUUCCCCUUUCCAGGUUUUUAAUUUAAUUUUUGUUUGUGGGGGUUGUUUUGUUUUUUUUUGUUUUGUUUUGUUUUUUACUUUAAGCCAGCUUUUUCUUUUCAGUAGGAAACUGCACUUCUAAAUGGACAAAAGAGAUUUAAAAACUUGCAUUUAACGUGUUUCAAGGUAAUGCUUUUUUCCAGAACGUGGCAAAUUGAGCCAACCUUUUAGGAGAAAGAAAAACAAAACUAGAGAUGCUUGUUUUGUAGGAAGAAUAUUAGAAAUACCGUUUGUUUGAAUCCACAAUGGAGACUCAACUCUGCAUCCGACAUUAAUUUUGCACAUUAGCAAAGCACUUAAUACCCGACUAUAAAUGAUUGGCAGCGUGGCCCUGCCCCUUGUCUCAGUACUAUCAGAAAACCAAAGAUUGCCAAGUAUCUGUGAUCAAAAUCGAGCUCUAAAUCCUCCUGAUACCAAUUUCUUUGGGAGCUGUUGUCAGUCAGGGCUGAAGUAAAAAGCUGCUGGUUCCUUCCCAAAUGUUACUGCUCUUUGGAUGUUUUGAAAAUCCUUGUUUUCUUUCCUUUUAAUGCUCUGGGUGGCCAGUUUAAAACCUUGUGCCUCAAGAGGCAUUAAACGUGAUGCAAUUUUCUGAAAAAAAAAAAAAAAAACAACAAAAAAAACAAACAAACAAAUACCUGUUUGGCUGCUUAAUGUUUAAAAAAAACAAAAGGCACAGUGAUAGGAAAAGGUCGUGUCUGUGUUUUUAAGUUUUUCUUUAUUCUGCUUUUUUGCUGCUAUAAGAUUUUCUUGAAUUUCUAUUUGAAACUUUUCAUGCACUUUACUGUUUCUAGUCUCCAAAUGUGAUAUUUUUAAUAAAUGAAAAACAUUUUCCAUUAUGUGAAUGAAAUUUUUAAGCAGAUUGAUAAGCCUAUAUUUAUGUCUCAUUCAUAUACUUCAAAAAAAAGUCCAAUUUGAAUUGUGAAAUUAGUUUUAAAUACUAAAGAGCCAUCUCGUGUCUUGCUAAACUGCCAAGUCAGGCUGUUCCUCUUUAACUAAACAUUUCCUUUGUCAUUUUAUACACAGGAAAUUUUCCAUAGGGGGGGAAAAAAGAUAUAUCAAUUGGACUUAGAGGAGAAACUAUUCCCUGACUCUGGAUUGGGGGCCAGGGAGGAGGGGGUGGAGUGGGCCAGAAUGCAAAAGUAGGUUCAGCAAAGUGACACCUCCCUUGGAAAAGUGCCUAAAAACGGGGGUGUCAUCUAUAGUCUGGGAUCAAUUGGAAGAAAUGGGAGCUGGGGGAAAUUCCUGCACAGCACUUGCUUUGUGCAAAAAGAAAACAAAAAGAAAUUGGGGGGUGGGGGGAAGAAAGGCCUUUCCAGAGAUGGUUUUUCCUCUGGGCGCAGGUAUCUCUGUUGGAAUAUACCUCAGCAUUCCCUACCUGGCCAUGGCACAUGGAUUGGAGAGCACUGGAAAGUAGAAUAGCAUGAAAAACUUAAUUUUGUGGACAUUACCUUUCUGUAUUCAGCUGCUGUAUGCUUUUUGGGGAGGGGGGAUGCUCCGUCCCGGAGGCGUGUUCUAACCCGCUCCUCCUGUUCCUCCACGCACGGCGAUCCCAGCCUGAGCAGUGUUUCCUAACCAUACUUCACUCCCAAUUUUUUUUUUUUUUGAGCUGUUUGUAUAAAAUGGAAUUUCCAAUUUGCCCUUGAUUGUCUAUGAACUGCAGAGGAGCCCAUUUAGUAAUAAAACUCAAAACCCAGCA